GAACGUGGAAUGUGUUCAUGAGAAGAAAGCUGAAGUGUGUGUGCCGUUAGUGCUCCGUCGUGUCUUUGGUGACACACCGAUACAUCGACCUGUGUGCGUGCGUGUGCGCGCGCGCGCGCGUGUGUGUGUGUAUGUGAGAGUGAGAGAACAUUAGUGCGCGAGCUGUUGUAGUUUCUUGAGGAAAAAGAAAAGAGGAAGCAGCUCCGCCCCCACAAGCUGCCGGAGGCCGAGCAGAAAGAGCAGAGAGAAGAGGAGGUCAGGCCCUGGACACUUUCUGAUCCGGACGAAUCCCAGUUGAAAGCCAGUAUGAGUGGAGAAGAGGAACGAUUCAAACUGGUGGUGGUGGGAGGAGGAGGGGUGGGGAAGAGCGCCCUGACCAUCCAGUUCAUCCAGUCCUACUUUGUGUCCGACUACGACCCCACUAUCGAAGACUCCUACACCAAGAUCUGCACUGUGGAUGGAAAGGAGACCCGGCUGGACAUCUUGGACACCGCAGGUCAGGAGGAGUUUGGAGCGAUGAGGGAGCAGUACAUGCGCGCAGGAGAAGGCUUCUUGUUGGUAUUUGCUCUCAACGACCGGGGCAGCUACCAUGAGGUCCAGAAAUUCCACACUCAGAUCCUGAGAGUCAAGGACCGAGACGACUUCCCCAUGGUGCUGGUUGGAAACAAGGCGGACCUGGACCAGCAACGAGUGAUCUCCAGGGAGAACGCUGAGGCGUUCGCCAGAGAGAACCGGAUCCACUACAUGGAGGCUUCAGCCAAGAAUCGCUGCAACGUGGAUGAAGUCUUCUUGGAGCUGGUGCAAAUUAUCAGACGGUUUCAGGAGAUGGAGAGUCCUCCUCCUCCAACUCAUCACACAAGGAAACAGAAAAGGGGUGGCUGUCCAUGUGUCAUCCUCUGAGAGAGGAGAGGAGAGAGAGAGAGGAGAGGAGAGGAGAGGAGAGGAGAGGAGAGGAGAGGAGAGGAGAGGAGAGGAGAGAGAGAGAGAGAGAGGGAGGGAGAGGAGAGGAGAGGAGAGGGAGGAGAGAGAGGGAGAGAGAGAGAUGACUGUGCUGACUGUGUUACACUGCGUGGAGAAACCCAAGCAAACCAUUAUUCCCAAUACCAUGUCAAACAUUUCACACUUGUCCAAAAGUGGAAAGGACUUUGAGGCUCUGGUUCCCGCUGCUGUAUUUGUCUUUUGGUGCCUCAUCCGAUGCCUCGGUAGAGAACCCCUGGUCCCUUGGCCAUGCACAGCCGACACCAGCUGCAUGAAGAAGAGUCUAAUUCAAGGCUGCAUUCAGUUUUCAGUGCAGUAUUCAUGACGGCAGAACUGGUUUCUGCAUUUGCACAUUUAAUUUGACACACAUAGUCUCUGGAUGUUCAUUGUUUUGGUGAUAGGUGGACUGCCUUCUGGUACUUUGUCUUUCUUUUUAUAUAUUCAUUUGGGUUCAGUUGUCAUCACGUGACAUACAUGUGUAACUUCAGUCUGGUGUGAAGGAGCUGCUGGAUCCUCUGGAGUUCAUCCCGUUUCACUUAUGUAGUGUUCCCCUUCGUGAUGUCAUGGUGAUGUCAUAUACCAGUGGAGGUACCGGUCUCAAGGGCUGAGCGUCAUGACAUCUGAGCUAGCUUUAUGCACCAAUGAAGGCAGUGUUUUGAGGUUAAAAGUUCUGGACCUUGACAUGAGGUUCUGUCGUAUUGCAGUGGAUGGGAAGCACUGUUUUCUAGGUCUUGAAGCUGUGUAAUAUUCUAUGUUGCCCAUCAUAUCCCAUCUGUAUUAUCUCCAUUACGAUGUCACAGGAGCCUAAAGAUGGCCGUGCUCUGGUCUGCUUAGCACCAACACUGGGCCUAGAGUAGCCGGUAUGUUGGGUUCCCCGUUGGUCAUAUGGACUCUGGACUGCAGUGUAACUAACAGAGUACCAGCUCUGAGAUCCUUGCCCCACCCCCAACGGUGCAGUAGCCCCAAUCCACCAGUGGAGGUCACUCUUGCAGCGACGAGGACGAGCAGACAGCUUCCUCACAGUGCUGGGGGGCAUUGGCACGAUCUGUGUUGUUGUUGUUGUGGUGGGGCGAUAAUCAAAAGCCCAGACAUGAGUCCACUUCACAUCUUCAACUGCUUUUUAUUUGCAAGGAGAGAUGACCUCGCUAUUACACAGCAAGAACAAGCUGAACAAUGAAAUACAAUCUCUCAUAUAUCUUCUAUAUGUCCGCUCAUAUCCAUCUUCUUAUCGGUCAUCUUUAAUGCUUUGGGCAAUUUUGUUUACUUAUUUCCCCUUUACACAAGAAUGUAUAUCUAUAUUACUACCUGCAAUUCACAUCUUUCAGUUUUGUAUCGAAAUCAAAGUCAAAACUCUUUUAUACAUUAUUAAAACAUUUACAACUUAA